GUGUAGAGUGAUCAAGUGUAAAAUGCCCUCCUAUUGCCCUUGUCUCCAGCUUGCUUCUCGAUCUCUGUUCGCGUCCCCUAGCAGGUCGAUAGAGGCUCGAUUGUCUGGACCGCAAGCUGCAAAAUGGGACUUUCGGAUUCAGAAAAGAAGGAAUCGUCAAUCGAUACCCAUGGCGUCGAUACUGAAGCGGGCACGACCACCGUCAAAGCCGGCAAUGUCGAUGCCGCGCUCGAGUUCCUCCAGACAGAGAACACAGCGGUGAUGUCGGAGGUGGAUGAGAAGAAGCUUAUCCGAAAGAUCGAUUGGAUGAUCAUGCCAUUGAUGUGGAUGUGCUACAAUCUCCAGUACCUCGACAAAGUCUUGAUUAACUAUGCCUCCGUCAUGGGUCUACUAAGCGAUACGGACAUGACGACAGAUCAGUUUUCGAAUCUGGCCCUGGCAUUCUAUAUCACUUAUCUCUUCUUCGAAUUCCCUACCGGCUACUUGAUGCAGCGCCUGCCAACAGCCAAAUAUCUGGGAGUCAAUGUCGCACUAUGGGGACUCAUGACCACAUUAAACUGCUCUGCGACGAAUUUUGGAGGACUAAUAACACUCCGUGUACUUCUUGGUUGUUUUGAAAGCGCUAUAGCGCCUGCGCUUAUGAUUAUCACUUCCAUGUGGUAUAAGAGAGACGAGCAGCCGCGCCGCAUGGGAUAUUGGUACUUAGGGACGGGUACUGCUCCUAUCAUGGGCGCCCUCGUUGCUUACGGACUUCUUUUCUACACUGACGACAAGUUCCAUUCAUGGCAGAUCAUGUUUUUGAUAUUCGGGAUCAUUACCAUCAUUGUCGGGAUCUGUGUGUUCAUCUUCCUUCCCGACAAUCCUAUGACUUCCCGUCUCAGUCAUGAAGAGAAAGUUUGGGCUAUCGAACGACUUCGUGAGAAUAAGACCGGUAUCGAAAAUAAACAUUUCAAGAUGGAACAGUUUCUUGAGGUGUGGAAAGACCCGCAGACAUAUCUGAUCAUCAUCAUCGUGGCCGCCUCGAAUAUCACGAACGCCGCUACCAGCAGCUUUUCCUCCCUGAUAAUCAAGGGAUUCGGUUUCACGACGAAAGAAACCGAACUACUCGGCAUUCCCAGCGGUGCUAUAUGCGUAAUUGCCGUCCUCAGCGGAACAUAUCUGUCUGGUCGGUACGACCAGCGCUGUCUCUCCGCCAUCGGCGUCCUGUUGUGCGGUCUACUCGGCGGAUGUCUCAUGGCAUUUUCGCGCGAUGACAUGAGGGCUGCUAAAUUAGCCGGAAAUUAUCUGACUAACUUCGUCGGGGCAUCCUUGCCUAUCAUGUACUCAAUUGCUGGAGCAAACACCGCGGGGCACACCAAGAAAGUGACCAUGAACGCAGUCUUGCUGAUGGCCUUCUGCCUUGGCAAUAUCUUGGGUCCUCUGACUUUCCGAACUCAGGAUGAACCAGAGUACAUCCCGGCGAAGAUUGCGAUCGUCGCAACUGUUGCCGUUGCUAUUGUCUUCCUGGUGCUGCUAAAGGCGUACUACAUGUGGGAAAACAAGCGCCGGGAUGAGAACAAGAUGGGCCUUGAGCACCAGGAGAAUUCCGAAUUCUUGGAUCUGACGGAUAGACAGAAUAAAGAAUUCAGGUACAAGCAUUAGCACAGGAAGCAUCGAUGGAUGAUGGAUAGUGCAACGAUCAUUGACAUGACCUCUGGAGCACCGGUCACAGAACAGAUACAGUUCUUCAGUAUAUAUCAAUUAAUGUACACGAUUUCAUGGUAUUCAUGGACAUGGAAGAAUAUUUUAAUAUUCCUUAUCAUGUAUUCUCGUUAAGGAACGACCAGCUAGUACUCCGGAAGGGCGUACUAACAAGGCAUGUAAAAAUUGCGAUUGAUGGGAAUGAUCCCGAGCAUGAUAUCGAUUUCUUUACAGGAAAUGAAGCGAUGAUACCAUACUCUUUCUGAUAUCUGAUUUAUUAUCCGCGCGAAGACCCGCUUUCCCCCAGACACCAUCAGUCGCAAGAUGCGUAUUUCC